GUUUCAGAUAUUGUAUUUUAUACGAUUAAUAUUACGAUUUCAUAACGUGAAUUUAGACACAGUUUUGUAUCGAUAUUUAUGUAGAUGUCCAUAACCGCGCAAUAUAAGAACCGGAAAUAUGAUAUGCAAGUGUUACUUAAAUUAAUUUUGACAUACAAUAUUUACGUCGGAUUCGUAAUUUAUGAAGUAUUAAGUUUUCCGAAAUCCUGUACCGUAUUUGCGAUUAAUGCCCCAAAUUAUAAACGUAACGUAUCGAUUGCCGAUUCGAAUAAUGAAUUCAAGAGCAAUGAAAGACGCUAUUAUUCGGACAUUUAUUCGCAAUUCGUGUCACCGCUCCAUUCGGCUCCAUUCACAACGGGUAAACCCAAGGUAGACAUUGCUAGACAAAUCAGAACAUUGACCCCACUGGAUCGUCAUUGGAAAAGAAGCACAGAGAGAAAUUUCCGUCUGUACUUUCAAACCAGCUCCGAUUUGAUCUACGGGCGAAAGUUGCUUGGUUAUGAGCGAGACUUUUCUGGAAGUCACCCUACAAGACGUGGUAGAUCUAACGGGAAGAUACAUCGCGAAAUUACCCCGACGAGAACGUCGGGUCUAAUGAAGAGGAAGCGCAAUGUCAUCGCACAGGACAUCGACUCGAGCGAUGACGAUAUAGAUUCGGCGGCCUGGGACAAUUGGAGCAUUUGGAGCGCGUGCAGCGUGUCUUGCGGGCAAGGACGACAGGUCCGUUGGCGUCACUGCUCGUCCGCAGAUUGCAUCGAAGGUCUCAAGAAGGCACAGUUGAGGAGCUGCCAUCUCAAGGAUUGCAGUACCAAAGGCUUCCUCGGCUGGCUCGGGAUAAAAUCGUGAUCUGUUUGCGACUUGCGAAAGCGAUCGUCUCCUCGACAUCAUUAUGUAGAAAGUGCUAAGCGGGGUCUCGAGCACAAACAAAAAAUAUCGUUACUUUGUAAGCUAUCACGGAAAGAGUUUCUAUUACUCUCUUCCGGAGUAAAAUUGUCCUGAUGUGACAAUAAGAAGGAUGCGAGAAUGUAGGCGUGUAGCCAAUGGAUUUUUCCAUUAUUUUCUUCGAUGAUAUUUUUGCGAGUUGCACUGUGUUGCAAUUCUGCAUUUCAAAAUCUGAAUUUUGAAAAAUAAAUUUAAAGAUGAAAUAUGCA